GUUGGACGGAACCCAGGCGUCGCUUAGGUCGAACGAAACCCAGGCGUCGCCUGGGUCGGACGCAACCCAGGCGACGCCUGGGUUCGACGCAACCCAAGCAUGCUAGAUGAAAAAGGCAAGGCAGCCAUUGGGUUUUUGCAGGUGGAUGAAGAUGAGGAAGGCAUAGGUGCUGGGUUCGAUUUCAAACCUAGCAAGCAAUCGAACCCAGCAGCCGCUGGGUUCCUGCAGGUGCUGGGUUCGAUUUCGAACCCAGCAGGCACUGGGUUCCGUUUCGAACCCAGCAACCGUUGGGUCAAUGGAUCAGUUGAGUUCCAUUUGUUUAUUGAUCUGUUGUUUGUUGGGUUCUGUUUCAAACUCAGCAGUCGUUGAGUCGAUGGAUUUGUUGAGUUUGAUCUAUUUAUGGAUUUGUUAUCUGUUAUGUUAUCCUCAUAUUUUUGCAGGUGCUGAAUUCGAUUUCAAACCUAGCUUUUGUUUCUAGCCCAACUGCAGUUGGAUUGAAGGAUCUAUUGAUUUCUAUCUGUUGAUUUGUUGUGUUAUUUUUGGAUUUAAUAUUAGGAAAUGUUAGGGUUUGCAGAAGGUGAAAAGGAAAGGGAGAGGAAGAAGAAAGGGUAAAAAGAAAAACAAAGAAAGAAAAAAAAAAAGAAAAUUUUUAAAGUAAU